AUGCUAGCCUUCCGGUCGCAGUCCCACGCCCGUCUGCGGCACCCGCAGUGUCUGCACCAAUGCCAGCGAAAGUUCUCGAAAACGGCGAUGGUGGCGGCGUCCGCCACCUCUACUUCAGCCCGCCUAUCCAUAGGUAUCCGUGCAGAGCAGAAAAACCGAUGGGAGCGGCGCGUGCCGUUGAUGCCGGAGCAUGUCGAGCGGCUGGUAAAGGAGACGGGGACGAAGGUGUAUGUGCAGCCGAGCACGAAGCGAGUUGUGCCGGACGAGAAGUAUAGGCAGGCGGGAGCGAUCAUCGCUGAGGACCUGUCUGUCGCGGAUGUGAUUGUUGGAGUCAAGGAGGUGCCAAUAGAACAGCUCAUCGCCGACAAGACGUACCUGUUCUUCUCGCAUACGCACAAGGGGCAGAAGUACAAUAUGCCAUUGCUGCAGGCGGUUUUGGACAAGCGCAUCAGAUUGAUAGAUUACGAGCUCAUGACAGACGACACCAAGCGGCGUGUCGUCCAGUUCAGCCGCUUUGCCGGUUAUGCGGGGAUGAUUGACAGCAUGCAUGGGCUGGGUCACCGACUGCUGGCCCUGGGUUACGGAAACCCUUUCUUGGCGAUUGGAAUGUCCUACAUGUACAGAACCCUUGCGGACGCCCGUUUGGAUGUGACGCGCACAGGACAGGUCAUCAUGGACGACGGGCUGCCCAGACAGAUGGGGCCGAUGUCGUUCGUGUUCACGGGAGACGGACAUGUUGCCAGAGGAGCAAUGCACGUCUUCAAGUGUCUGCCGCAUGAAUGGGUCAGCCCAGAUGAGCUGCGCGACCUGUACAAGACUCAGAGCUGGAGCCACCACCGAGUGUACGCGUGCCAGGUCACAGCAUCUGACUAUCUAGUGCGGAAAGAUGGCUGGAAGUUCAAUAGGGACCAUUACCGCGAGCACCCGGAGCAUUACAUGUCCAUUUUCCAUGAGAAGAUCGCGCCAUACACAAACGUCCUAGUGAAUGGCAUCUUCUGGGACGAGAAGUACCCUCGGCUGCUGACAUCCGAACAAGCAACCCAGCUUGCGAACGAGCAUCGCUUACGCAUGCUCUCCAUUGCCGACGUCUCCUGCGAUAUCAACGGGUCGUUGGAGUUCAUGAGCCACUCUUCUACCAUCGACAGUCCUUUCUACAUGUACGAUCCAGCAACGCGGACCACUCACGAUAACAUGGAAGGCGCAGGGAUCCAAAUCAUGUCCAUCGACAACCUGCCCACGGAACUGCCACUUGAGGCCAGUGAAUACUUCAGCAACGCCUUGUUCCCUUACGUCAACCAACUGGCAAUGGGCAACGUCGACCACCCGGUCCUGAAACGCGCGACCAUCGCGACCGCCGACGGCAAGCUCGCGCCUGCUAGAUCCAACCUCCAACCCAUUCUCAACGAGUACGGCAAAGGAGCCAAGGUCACCGCCAGUCAGAACGUGCUUUUGCUCGGGUCCGGAUUUGUCGCGGCGCCGCUGGUGGAUUACCUCUUGAGGGCACCGCAUCGGUCUGUCACAAUUGCGAGCAAUAGCGCGGAGGAAGCGACGAGGCUGGCGAAUGGAAGGGCGAAUGCACCCGUCACGGGCCUGAACGUAGCUGACAAGGAGGCGUUAGCUGGACUUGUGGCGAAGCACGAUGUUGUUGUCAGCUUUGUUCCGGCCACCCUUCAUCCGACUGUGGCGGAGGCCUGCAUCAAUGAGGGCAAGAACAUGGUCACCGCCAGUUACAUCUCCCCCGCCAUGCAAGCUUUGAACGACAGAGUCAAGCGCGCAAACCUCACCAUCCUCAACGAGGUCGGUCUGGACCCCGGAAUCGACCACCUCACCGCCAUGCAACUUUUCGACGAGGUCAAGGAGAAAGGAGGCAAAAUUACGUCGUUCGUGUCAUGGUGCGGUGGUCUCCCCGCGCCGGAGGCGUCAAACAACCCGCUGGGGUACAAGUUCAGCUGGAGCCCGAAGGGUGUACUUCUCGCUGGAUUGAACUCGGCGCAUUUCAAGAGGGAUGGCGAGAUCAUCCAAGUCCCCGGCUCACAGCUGUUCGAAUCGCGGACGACCGCCUCCAUCGCCAAGGGCUUUGCGCUCGAGGGCAUUCCCAACCGUGACUCGCUCAAAUAUGUCGAUCUGUACAAUUUGGGAGACAUUUCGGACCUGGAUACGAUGUUCAGGGGAACGCUGAGAUACACGGGAUACUGUGAUCUCAUGGCCACUUUCCGAGACAUUGGAUUGUUCAACGAUGUGGAACGGACGGAUCUGAAGAGCGGGGUGUCGUGGGCGGACUUGACCAACGAGCUUCUCGGCAUCGAUGCAGGCUCCGAUGUCCGCACUGCCAUCGCCAACGUCCUAGCCUCCAAGGGCAAAUCCCCAUCGGAAGCUCACCUCGACACUGUCGUGUCUGCACUCCAAUGGCUGGAAAUGCUCUCUCCUCACACCCCCCUCCACCCCUCCUCCACCAUCCUCGACGCGUUCUGCGCCCACCUCCAAAAACGCCUCGUCUACGCCCCCACCGAACGCGACAUGGUCGCCAUGCACCACGAGUUCGGCAUCAAGUGGCGGGACGGCUCGCGCGAGAAGCGCACCUCCACGCUGUUUGCGUAUGGCGAGGUCGGGGGAUACACUGCGAUGGCCAAGACGGUCGGACUGCCGGCUGCUAUUGGAGCCGAGAUGCUUUUGGAUGGUCAAUUACGCGGCAAGGGAGUGAUUGCGCCCAUGACCAAGGAGAUCUACGAGCCGAUGUUGAGGAAGUUGGAGAACGAGAACAUCCGCUUCGUGGAGCAGACGUUUCGGUUGUAG